AACUCCACUUCCGGUUGCCCUCAAAAUUUCUGCUGUCACAACUUUCUCUGUCUUAAAUUUUCAACAGAAAAUGAAGCCGUGUUAACUGGAAUGUGUCAUGUCAUUUCAGUAAUAAUUAAUAUUGUUUUGUGAGAACUAGCUUCAAACUGGUAAAGAAGAAAUGGGAGUUCAGGAGAGACUGAUGAAAAAAACCACCAACGACCAGGAUGGGAACACACAGGUUUAUAGGCUGGUGGUUUCCUGACGAGUAGUCAACUAUGGUGCCGCUGAAGCGAAGGAAAGUCCUGUCCUCAGGUGCUGGGAGAACUGGGGCUGAAUGCACUGGAAACAAUGGGGAAGAUGCAGUGACCAAGUUCCCUGAAGUUGUUUUAUUCCUGUUGGAAAGAAAGAUGGGGACCAGCCGAAGAGGUUUUCUGUCUCAGCUCGGACGGAGUAAAGGCUUCCAGCUGGAGGAGACAUUCAGUGAACGUGUCACUCAUGUCAUCUCUGAAAACAACACUGGAGUCGAUGUGAGGACGUGGCUGGACUCUCAGGACCAGGGACGCCACAGACCACCUGUACACCUGUUGGACAUCAGCUGGUUCACAGAGAGCAUGCGUGCAGGCCGUCCUGUCCCGAUCCUGGACAGACAUAUUUUACAGGAGCAGGAAACAAAUGAAGCAGAGAAGGUGGUCUUCUCAGUACCAAGCUACGCCUGUCAGAGAAGAAUCAGUCUGGAUAAUCACAACACCAUCUUCACUGAUGCUCUGUCCCUCCUGGCUGAAAAGGCUGAGCUCAGUAACGAGGAUGGUCGAGGUGUUGCGUUUCGACGGGCUGCCGCGGUUCUGAAGUCCCUCCCCAGGACAGUGACGGACAUGGAGCAGCUCAAAGGACUGCCCUGUUUAGGAGAUCACUCACAAAGAGUCAUCAAGGACAUUUUAGAGAAUGGAGUGUCGAGUGAAGUCAAAUUGACAACACAGAAUGAACGUUUUAAAGCUCUAAAGGUUUUAACUGGUAUUUUCGGAGUGGGAACAAAGACAGCAGAUCGAUGGUUUAGAGAAGGGAUUCGUAACCUCACACAGUUACGAAAUUCAGCACCUUCUCUCAAUCGAGCACAGCAAGCAGGGCUGGAGCACUAUGACGACCUCAACCAGGCGGUCACCAAGGAUGAGGCCGACGCCAUUGGAGAAAUUGUAGAGAAGGCCGUCCUUGCUGUGUCACCGCGGUCAGAGGUGACUCUGACUGGAGGAUUCAGGAGAGGGAAGCUGACAGGCCAUGAUGUUGAUUUCUUGAUAACCCACCCAGAGGAAGGAAAAGAAGUGGGACUAAUGCCUAAAGUCGUCUCCUGGUUGGAAUCACGAGGUUAUCUGUUGUAUCAAAAAACUACAAGAAACUCGUACCUGGAGUCUGAGGAUGGUCCCGGACGGCCCUCUUCAAACAUGGACCGCUUUGAGAGGUGUUUCUCCAUCUUCAGACUGGAGAAAACAGAGAGACUUAAUGCAAAGAAACCAGAAGCAUUGGCAGAAAAUGGUGCGCAGCCACAGGAGGAUGUCACAUGUAGCAUUAGUGGCCACAUGCAGCUUCAAGACAAAGACUCGCAGGAUGAACAACCCACUGGAGACAAACUGUGGAGGGCUGUGAGAGUGGACCUGGUGGUGUCUCCCAUCAGCCAGUUUGCAUUUGCUCUGCUGGGCUGGACAGGAUCCAAGUUGUUUGAGAGAGAGCUGCGUCGAUGGGCGGGGCAUGAGAAGGCCAUGUCUCUCAGUAGCCACGCCCUCUAUGAUAAUAAUCAGAAUAUUUAUCUGAGAGCUGCUUCAGAAGAAGAGAUAUUUGCCCAUCUCGGUCUGGAGUACAUUCAUCCAUUUGAGAGAAAUGCAUGAACAGACCUGAUGAUAAACCGGAACAGUUACAUUCUGAGGACCAGGAGACUGGAUGACAGACCGACAGCAGUUUCACCUGGACAGAAGUAAUUAAAUCAUUUCACUAGACGGUCUUUUAACCCUUAUGAAUGUCUCUAAUUUACUAUUCAACUGUGAUAAAAUAGGCAUAUAUCAAUAGUUUUUAUGCAUACCUGUCUUUUGUCUUUUGAUUUAGUGAUCAUUAUGGCUGUGUUGCAGCUUAUAGCAUGAAUAUCUGCAAGAAUAUUUGUUUUUAGACUUAUUUAUUGAAUCUAAUAUUAUUUACUCGUGCAUGUCUAUUAUACACUAUUGACACUUUUUGGACUGUCUUGAGCCUAAAAUGCUUACGCAAGAGAACUGCUGUAAAAUUAUAUAUCAAUAUAUUUUUCAGAUUUUUUUCUACAUACAUCAAUUAAACCAUGUAAUCUUUGCUCAAAAUUACUAAAUGUUCAAUAAUUUUCAGAAUUUUCACUCUUUAAAUGCCAGUUUGAAUGGAUAAUGUCACUAUUGUUAUUGCCGGUGUUUAGACUAGAGUUGGAAGACUUAGAGUUGAUUUUAUUGCGUUAAUAUUUUUCAUGUGAGAUUAGAAAAUAUGGUUUAAAUGUAAGUAAAUGAGAGAGUCCUGCAAUGAGCAAAAACUACUAAUGCAAUUAAAUCAGUGUUAUUUCUGAUAUUUGACAUAAAAAAUCAUGACAACCCUCCUUUGUGUAUUAUAUGUAAAAUAUCUCAUAUUUAGUGUUGUUUUUUAAUACAACAAGUGGUGUCAGGUACUCAAAUUGGCAUAUAAAGGGUUAAAAUCCUGAAAAUUAUUGAACAUUUGGUAGUUUUGAGCAGAGAUUAAGUGAUUUUCAAGGGUUUUUCUUAACUGGGGAACAGGGGCACUGCACCCUCAUACUUUUGGCUAGCGCCCCCUUACCAAAAUUUUGAUUUUUUAAUUAAUUAAUUUAUUUAUUUUUAACCCCAAAGCUCACAGUUACGCCAUACACUUAUAGUUACAUACAACACAGUACUUACACAACAUGCAGUCUUUCCAAAAACGAUCUUUUCCCGGUGAAACUACCACAGUAACAACACAUGACAAUGUGCCUGGUCAUCAAAAAUUAUAUAAUUAUUCCAAAACUAUCGUACACAUAGUAGGUAGACUGUCUGAUGGUUCAAAACGACACAAAUUGGCAUCUUUUCAGACCGCGGUGCCCUCUUACUAAUUUUUUCUAGAAAAACCCCUGAUUUUAGAGAUGUAUGUAGAACAAAGCAGAAAAAAAUAUUGAUAUAUAAUGAUUUUAUAGUAGUUGUUUUGCAUGUACAUUUUUUGCUCCCCAGGUAAUAUUAGAGUUUCAAUAAAUAUGUGUAAAAAGAAACGUUUUUGCUAUGAGCUAUAACACAGCCAUAAAGAUCACUUAAUCAAAAAAGAAAAAUAACAAAAAUAGCCUGACAGGUCCUUAAGGGCUAAAUCUAUCUGCUGUAGCAUCAUAAAUUACACACCAGAGCUGUAAAACCAUUAAAAAUGCACUGUAAAAAUAAUGUUAUCAAAAAUGACAAAUAAAUGACAUAUAAAAAAAGA